AUGAACUUCCGGUGGAGGGCGUUUGUGCCGAACAUGAUGGAGAGCGUGCCGGAGUGUGCGCGGCUGCGAACGAGUUAUGCUAAAGCGAUCAAUGAGAAACAGGCAAAGCUGCUCUUCUUCCCCGAGGGUACGCGCGGCAACGGUGACAAGCUGCUGCCAUUCAAGAAGGGAUGCUUCCACGUCGCCGUCGAAUCGCAAGCCUUCAUUCAACCGGUGGUCAUUUCGAAGUACCAUUUUUUGAAAUCCAAAACGAAGAUCUUAAAACGAGGGCAAAAUAUCAUCAAAAUUCUACCGGAAGUGUCCUGCGCGAGCCUUUCCAAGGACGACAUUCCAGCGCUGAUGGAGCGGGUACAGAAGAUGAUGCAGCGGGAGUACGAACAGCUGUCGGAGGAGUCGCUUUCGAUUAACAAUAUUAGUGAGGUGCAUUAGACUCAGCGAUUGGCGAUGGGCCUCUUCAGGCUCUGAACACGUGCAAUACAAAACAUUUGACCUGGGCAAUGAAUGUUUUAGGGGUUUAGGAAAAGAAAUCAAAAGCAGAAAAGACAGAGAGGAAUGCUGCCACCAAGUGCUUUUUCCCAGGUAUGGGAAGAAGUAGACAGGUUCACCAAUAUCAUCAUCAUCGCCUUAUCGCUAACGGAGAGACAGUAUAAAACAAACCUCCUCAUUGAACAGAGAGCUUAGUAGUGGCGAUUAGCGUUCGGUUUUUGUAUUUACCGGGAUGUGUGAAUUUAAGUUAUGUCUCUUCCAAAGUCCAUCAUUUUUUACCUUCCAACACACGCACCUUUAGUUAUUGAAGAUUGAAAAAAUACGGCUAGCCAGUGUAGCAAGCACAAACGAAAGGAGAUGUGAACGAAUCGCGCAACGUUUAUUUUCCUAACUUCCUCCGAGACUCUAUAUUGUUCCUGUAGUUUAAGGGCACAGUGAAAGCGAGAUGGGAUGGAAGAUCCAGAUUAUCAGGUGUUUCGGUGCGGGUUUAAAGUUGUUUCAAGUCCAAGGAAGCUAUCAAUCAAUCACGAGGAGGAGGAGGACUGUGAAGCAAUAUAUCGGGAAAGAGUGGCAGUGGCUUGUAAAUAGCGUACAAAGUACAGUAGUUUUAGAAUUUUAUUCAAGAGAGCAAACUAGGGUUUAGGAUGAUGAAGGGUCGGGUAAGAUGUCACUAGGUUGACACCAAACAAAACAAAACGGGAAGAAACAAACGUGUAAGUGUGCGUCGUACUAUGGGGACAGUGACAGCGGCGUCACUCUUUUGCCGUACGCUCAAUGUGAUACAUACAUUAAAACGAAGCAAAAGCUCCAACAAAGAA